UGGCUUUGACAGCAAAUACAUGUAGCGUUAGCCAUUGAACUAGCUUUAGAUUUUCGGUCACAGUACUCGUUUUAUUUUUUCUCAAGCGGCCGAAUGGUGAGAAAGUAGUAGAUACCGUAAACAUGGCACAUAGUCGGAAUCAUCUCUUGGCGACGCCGAAACUACGUGUCUCACUUUUCGCCUUAAUUUCUCUUGUUGUCGUCUCCCUGGAAAGAGGCGACGCGACGCCGCAGCAGAGAGGUAACAUUACUCCCAUAUCAGAAGAAGUGGAAACAUACGACAAAUACUACAAUUAUGUCCAGCUAACGCGGCGUCUGCGGUCGCUGGCCGGGAAAUACCCUCACAUCGCUAACCUGUCGAGUAUCGGGCAGUCCGUGGAGGGCAGGGAGCUGUGGGUGAUGCGGAUCACAAAGGAGCCCGGCACCGAGGCACCGGGGAAACCCAAAUUCAAAUACGUCGGAAACAUGCACGGCGACGAAACCAUAUCCAGGCAGGUGUUGGUGUACCUGGUGGAGUACCUGCUGAGUAAGUACGGACAAGAGCCGCGCAUUACCGAGCUGGUGAGCACCACAGACAUUUACAUCAUGCCCAGCAUGAACCCGGACGGCUUCGAGAGGUCCAUAGAGGGGGACUGCAUCGGCGAGGCGGGGGGCCGGCAGAAUGCCCGGAAUAUGGACCUGAACAGGAACUUUCCCGACCAGUUUGGCCAAAUCGAUGUCAAUCCAGAUGAUGUGCCUGAGGUUAGGGCUGUGAUCAAGUGGAUCCUGGAGAAGAAGUUUGUGCUGUCAGGGAAUCUGCACGGCGGCACCGUGGUGGCUAGCUACCCUUUUGAUGACUCAGCCACCCAUGAGAGCCGGGGCCACUACAGCCGGUCAGACGAUGACAGCCUGUUUCGCUACCUGGCUCGGGUCUAUGCCCAGAACCACCCCACGAUGAAGACUGGCCAGCCCAACUGCCCCGACACCCCAGAGGAGACCUUCAAGGAUGGCAUCACCAAUGGGGCCCAGUGGUAUGACGUGCCUGGAGGGAUGCAGGACUACAACUACCUCCAUGGGAACUGUCUGGAAAUCACCAUGGAGCUGAGCUGCUGCAAGUAUCCCCGUGCCUCUGAGCUCCAAAAGGAAUGGGAUCUGAACAGGGAGUCAUUGCUGGCCUAUGUGGAAAAGGUCCAUAUAGGUGUGCGUGGCUACGUGAGAGAGGCCAUCAAUGGUACUGCCCUCCCUGAUGCCAGUAUUGUGGUAGCAGGCAUCAAACAUGACUUGACCACAGGCCAGUAUGGGGACUACUACCGCCUCCUGCUGCCUGGCACAUACAACAUCUCAGCUGUGGCACAAGGGUACAUACCGAUGAUGGUGCACAACGUCCAAGUGGAAGGCAAAGCCACAGAGCUUAACUUCACCUUGGCACCUGUGGUCAGUAAACCCUCCGAUAACGUCACGGUGCCCUCAUCCCCCAUGCCGUCAGCCACCACUGCCACCACACCUCUGUCUUCCACCGCUGCCAGCGCCGCCAACUCCACCCAGAGUGGAGUGGGUCUUCCCGAAGGAAACAAGAGCAGCUCUUCCAUGUCGCAGCCACAGCAGCAGCCCAUCCAGCCGCAGGAGUUUCGCCAUCACAACUACGCAGACAUGGAGCUUUUUCUCCGCAGAUACGACAGCGAGUUCCCAUCCAUCGCCCACCUCCACUCUGUUGGCCGCUCUGUGGAAGGCCGGGAGCUGUACGUCAUGGCCAUCUCAGACAACCCAGCCGAGCACGAGCAAGGUGAGCCAGAGUUUAAAUAUGUGGCCAACAUGCACGGCAAUGAGGUGGUGGGCCGCGAGUUAAUGCUCAACCUCAUCGAGUACCUGUGCCGCAACUACGGCACCGACCCCGAGGUCACGUGGCUGGUCAACAACACACGCAUCCACAUCAUGCCCUCCAUGAACCCUGAUGGCUACGAGGUGGCCAAAGAAGGUGACGUAAAGGGCUACAAAGGACGCAACAACAGCAACAAUUUUGACCUGAACCGCAACUUCCCAGACCAGUUUGCCACGAUCACAGAGCCCAGGCAGCCGGAGACCAUGGCUGUGAUGAACUGGCUGAGGAGCAUCCCGUUCGUCCUUUCAGCCAAUCUCCAUGGAGGUUCCUUGGUGGUUAACUAUCCCUAUGACGAUGACAAGGAGGGCAUCACACAGUACAGCCAGUCCCCUGAUGACAAGAUCUUUCAGCAGCUGGCUAGAGCCUACUCACAGGAGAAUCCUCUGAUGCACAAUGGGCACCCUUGUGAGGACCUGUACCCGGAUGAGUACUUUCAGGAUGGUAUUACCAAUGGUGCCAACUGGUACAAUGUUCCUGGCGGCAUGCAGGACUGGAACUACUUGAACACCAACUGUUUUGAGGUGACCAUUGAACUGGGCUGUGUGAAGUACCCGCUUGCCAAGGACCUGCCCAAAUACUGGGAGCAAAACCAACGAGCCUUGCUCCAGUUUAUACACCAGGUCCACACUGGAGUGAAGGGCAUAGUCACUGACAUUAAGGAUGGUACAGUUAUUCCCAACGCCACCAUCAGCGUGGACAAGAUAGAGCACAACAUCACCACGGCCCAGACUGGAGACUACUGGAGGCUGCUGGUCCCUGGGACCUACAUCCUCACUGCCUCUGCCCGCGGAUACACUCCUGUGAAGCUCUAUGCCACGGUUCCAAAGGAGGGAGUGGAGGUGGUGAACUUCAAACUGACACGCAUCCACUCGGAGCCUAAAGGUCAGUCUCCCAAGGGCCCCCCAGCCACACAGGACCCGUCUGAGGAGGAGUUCCAGAGCUUCAUCAAGGACCUGUCAUUAGGAACGGGCCUGGACGAGCUGGUCAGGAGCACAGCCACCGAGAGCAGCUUCCGCUACCGGCGCUACAUUGAGCUGGCUAAGUCCCUCAGAGGCCUCACACUCAACUUCCCCAAGAUUACCUCCCUGCGCAGUUUAGGCCAAAGUGUGGAGUUUCGCACCAUUUGGGCUCUAGAAAUCUCCAACAAUCCAGGGGAGCCUGAACCGUCGGAGCCGAAGAUCCGCUUUGUGGCAGGGAUCCAUGGCAACGCCCCAGUGGGCACAGAGCUACUGCUGGAGUUUGCUACCUUCCUGUGUAUUAACUACGGCAAGAGCCCAGCCAUCACCAGGCUGAUUAAUGAGACCCGGAUCAUCAUCUUGCCAUCCAUCAACCCAGAUGGACGGGAGCUGGCUAAAGAGAAGCAGUGCACCUCCAUGGUGGGCAUGACCAACGCUCAUGGCAAGGACCUGGACACAGACUUCUUUGGCAAUGCAUCUCAGCGUGUGGUGGAGGCCCAGCCGGAGACCCGGGCAGUGAUGGACCUGAUCCUAGAGAGAGGCUUCACUCUGUCUGUAGCCCUCGAUGGAGGUUCCCUCCUGGCCACCUACCCUUACGACAAGCCUGUCCAGCCUGUCGAAAAUGAGGGUACUCUGAAGUACUUGGCUAAUGUUUAUGCCAGCAAUCACCCCAAGAUGCACCUCGGGGACACUGGAUGUCCAAACAACGGGCAGAUGGGAAACAUCCCAGACGGGGUUCUCAGGGCAGCAGAGAGACAAAGUCACAUGGGCAGCAUGAAGGACUUCAGUGUGGACUUUGGUCACUGUCCAGAGAUCACCGUGUACACUGGCUGCUGUCUGUUCCCUCCUGUUGAGCAGCUGGCCACACUCUGGGCAGAGAACAAGAAGGCUCUCCUCAGCAUGCUGGUAGAGGUCCAUAAAGGGGUGCGAGGUGUGGUGAGGGACAAGAGUGGGAAGCCCAUCGUGGGUGCCAUGAUUGUGCUGAACGGGGGGGUGAGGGUCUUCACUACAAAGGGUGGCUACUUCCACGCGCUGCUGGCUCCUGGCAACCACAACAUUGAAGCUGUUGCUGACGGCUACCAACAACAACGACAGGAGGUGGUGGUGUCGUCUUAUGAAGCUGCUAGUUCCAUCGUUAUUGAGUUUGACAUGGACAACAGCAUCUUUGGACUUCCCAGGGAAUUUGUGGUCGCCACAGCAGCAGCCUCCAUGACUGCACUGGUGGUGACGGCGUGCAUCAUUUGGUGCGUGUGCUCAGCCAAGUCAAACCGGCAGAAAGAUGGCUUCCACCGGUUGAGGCAGCACCGAGACGAUUAUGAGGAUGAGAUCCGCCUCACCUCCAUGGGCUCCAAGAAGUCGCUGCUUGCCCAUGAGUUUCAGGACGAGAGUGAAAGUGACGAGGAGACGCUGUACGCCAACAAACUCUGAGAACCAUUGUGCCAACCUGGCUGUCUGCACCGUUGUUUUUGUUUUGUUAGUUUUUUUCCAACUUAAAUUUAACCCCUGGUCAACAAGUACAGGCUGAACUCUGGGCAGUAGUGCUGCCUGUCUUUAUGACUGAUAUAUCAAGAGUGAUAAAAACACUCUUUGCUAUGCCAAUAACUCUGAGUGUUCACGCUCAGUCACUCAGUUAUUACCGCUACUAGAGAAAUACUGUCAGAACAUCCUGAUCCCCUCUGGGAUUGCAGGGCUGGCCUGUUUGUGCUUCAUGUCUCUGCCUGACUGGACCAGAGGAAUUAGCUGACGAGAAAGAGAGGGUUGGUCCAGUGUGGCCCUCGUCCGUCCCUCUAACACUUCCUAGUCACACAGCUUUUUCCUUUCCGAGCCACCCGAGGAUGCUCUUGACACGACUGCCUGUUCUGCCUGGCUACGGGGUCAAACCGAUCAGUCCAAACAAACUUGUGCUUUGCUCUGUUGAGGGUAUGUAAUGAACUGUGGGUGGAAGUAUGUAAUCUCACACACCCUUCACCCGUGAUCCGUCAUCACCUGUUAAUUUCUUUGAUAUUUCUUCUUUGAGCCGUUAAUCAGAAAUGGAAUUCCCUCUUAUCCAAGACUACAUUGCCAAGUGUGUGAGCCUUUUGGAAAGAGAAUACAAUACUGUGCCUUGGCUUCUGUAAAACCGCAGUCCAAAUGGGCUCUAGUACAUAGUGGAUAACAGUAACAUAGCGAAUAGGUACUUGGUCCACAUUGGAAUCAGAUCCAUCCUAUACUCAGGUGGUAGGAAAGAGACAUAAUAGAGUAGUUGAGGACUGCUGAGCUCCAAUGUUGCACUGUUUUCUGCACAGGUGAUUCUAGGCUGGGCUGCCUGGAGUUGAUAGUUUUACUCUUGUCCACUGAGUCAAUGUUGUGGCCAAAAUCACACUGGGGCGAGCUUCUCCAAAGCUUUAAAACAUCAGCAUCUAAUGUUACAAAGCUUGAAUGAAACCCUUCCCAGUUAGUGCAGGACAUUCUAUGCAUAGUAGUAACUUGCACUAAAUGUAAAGCAGUGAUCAUCCCUUAUCAUUGGCCAGGACAAAAAAAUUAAUCUCUCAAUGUUUAAUCAUUGAAGGGAGAAUGUAUUUUUUUUUCUUUUUGUUUAUUAGAUUUGUCAUAGGAUAUUUUCUGUCUGUACUUGGAAUAAUUAUCCCUAUCUAUGGAAUAUCAAUUCAGGCAUGAAUGAGCAAAACAAACAAAAACUAAAAAGACAGAUACCCCUGUGUGACAUUGACUUGACUUGCACUGUUUUAUGUGAAUGUCUAUCCCCCCCACCCUCCCCCACUAAAUAGUACCUUGAAAUUGGAACAUCUCAAGAUACUAUCCGUCCAUUAAUGACCAUUGUUGACAAAUCCUGGCCACAGCCUCCAGAUGUUUUAAAGGUCCAGUGUGACUCCGGUUUCCCCAGUCUUGUGCUUUUCCAAUAUCAAAGUCAUUACAUGUAUAGAAACCUGAUAUAUUAUGACUCUCACUUCAACUAAUGGCCUUUUGAAAAGCUGUUUUUACAUAUCCAGUUUACUUCCUGGUGUGUAGAUGAUGACGGACAUGUCUGAGUGCUUUGAUUGGUUGACAGUAUGAAUUGCUAAUGAGGUACCCUGUAGUCUGCCAGAGGCCUCUAAGGGAUCAAUGGAGACUUGGAUAACUUUACAUUUGGCAUGGACGUGACAUUGAAAACUAUUUGGUUUAGCACUGACGGUAUCGCAAAGGUUUGACGCUUCAUCUUUGGACAACAUGGCCAAUAUGAAGUGAGUAAUAAGGAUGUGAACAAGGCAAUGCAACCUCAACUUAUUAAAAACUGGCUGAACAUAGAGAAGGGGCAUUAAAGCAGUUAGAGCAAGUCGGCUGAACUGUCCAAAACUGCAUUCAAAACAUUGCACUCGACCUUUAAAAUAAAGGAUUUGCCUUGAGUUCUGAUUGUGGAUUACAGCCCUUGAGAGGAAAUUUUUUUUUUCAUUAAGUUUUUUUCCCCUUCUGUCACAAAUGAUUGGUAUUAUCUGUGGAGAAAGGAGACUUUUGUAGAUUAUUUUUCUUUGUUUUACUUUGUGUGUGUGUGUGUGUGUGUGUGUGUGUGUGUGUGCGUGUGUGUGUGUGUGCAUAUUUUGAAAGUUGAGUGUAUGUUUUGGGGGGAGGGGUGUUGAUGUAAAAAAUAAAUGUUUUAUAUAUAAUGGAAUCAGCUGUAAAUAAUGAGAUGUUUGCCAAUUGCGAAUGAGAAAAAUAAGUGCAAUUCACAUUAACCAUAUGUCUCCACAUAUUUCAUAACAAAUCUGUGUGUGUGUGUGUGCGUGCGUGUGUGUGUGUGUGUGUGCGCGCGUGUGGACUUGAUGAUGUUAACUUGAACACAACCUGGGAAAAGAAACUGGAAUAAACAAACACAUGACAAGGAA